AUGCAAGGAUGCUCAAAAACGGGUGGUGGGUUUACGGGGGACAGGCUGUCGAUUUUGCUGCGGCUGCAACGGGCGAUUCGAUGGGAGAGAUUUUGCAAUUUUUACCGAUUUGAUAAAGCUGAGCAGUUCGCCCUCGGCGCCCUUCCGCCGUCUCCGCUGCGCUUGCAUAUCAUCUUUCGCCACACUUUACAAAAGCAACAGUCAGAAGGCUGCCCUGUCCUUCCUUCCCCCUCCCUUCCCCCCCGGAGCUUGAUAUCCGACACUAAACCUGUCCCCAUAUCUAAACUUUCCGGCCCCCCUCAUCGUCCUCGCUUCAUCUCCCAUCCGCCUUGUGCAGCUCCACUUAUCCACUCACUGACACACUCACCUAUUUCACAAAGUCUUCUUUCCACGCUUCUCUGACUGCAAAUAUAUUUCUUUCCCAAUUGUCCAGGCAUUCAUCUAAAGGGGGAACCAUCCUCUAAUACGCUGCAAAUAAUCUAACUGCCUGUCGGCGUCCAUCUAGGUUCCAUCUAUUAUGACCAGCACUUCAAAUACCGAUCAGCCCGACACCCCCGUGGUUACGCCUGUCCUUGCGCCGGUCGCAAGCCCUGUGUCUGCGCCACCUGCUUCUGAACCUGCUUCCAAAUCUGCUGCUGUGCCAGCUGCAACCAAGCUCGCCACGACCGCACCUGAGUCUAGUCCUCAGCCACACCCCAAGGGACCGAAGAACUACAAGAGUAGGUACAACAGCACGCCUCCGCCUGCGACCAACUGCAUCGUUCUCAAGAACCUGGACUACAAUAUCUCGCAAAUGGCCCUGGAAGAGGUCGUUCGUCAAGUCACGGGGGGACGUAAGGAGUUUGUGAACAUCGCCCUCAUUGAGGACAGGGUGACAGGCUCAUUCCGAGGUAUGGCCUUUGUCAACUUCCAUUCCACCGCCGACGCCACCGCCGCCCUGGCAGAGCUUAGCAAGAUGGUCAUCAACAAGAGGAAGGUUAUCGCUGAGUAUCGAAGACUCAAGCCGGGGGAGAAAGAAAAGAAGGAGGCCUACGAAAAAAGGGCUGCCAGCCGCUUUGACCAUUUUAACGGAAACAGGCAGACGUUUGAGAAGGAUAUCACCAAUGAGACUGAUGCGAACGGUAAUGCCGUGGACAAGAGAAUGGCAUUUUUUGCCAAACGCGACAUCGUCAAAAAGGUCGAUGAGCAGAAGCGCGCUGAAGAAAGGGCAGAGCGCGACAAGGAACGUGAAUCCGAGUUCCGUGCCAAACUUUUGGAAUAUAAGGACGCGGAGACGCCGGAGAAUGAAAACGCCGAAGAACUGGUGUUUGAUUGUACUCUUAAUUCCCAUGAGAGACGCAAAAUACAUAUGCUAUGUGAGGAAUUAGAGCUUGGUCAUAUCAGUCGUUUUGAUGAUGAUGGCAGCAGAGUGUUGCACGUCACCAAAGAUCCGGCGAAGAAAGCUGAAUGGGAUAUCGCGACUGCGGCGCAGAAGGCAACGAUGGCUGCGAAGAAGGACGAGAACAGGCGAAGAACCAAAGAACCUCGUAAUCUCAACCCAAGGAAGAAUUCCGAACCGGUUAACGGCGGAGCACUUUCAAAGGAGGAGUUGCAAGGCAUCAAAUGGUUCAAACCUAGAGCUGCCCACGCUGCGGAAGAGGGCAAUGAAGAAGCCGCCAACGAUGGCGGAAUUCGUGCGCCGUCUUAUAAAUUAUACACCCCACCUCGUCAACCUACUGGCCCGGAUGGGACGAUCGGAUUUAGUUCCCGCUGUCGAGAUGAGGACACGAAGACGGAUAAGUCGGAUUCAACCGGCGAUACCGAUGGGCCGAACGAUGAUACGACGCAAUCAAAUGAAGAAAAUGGCGGUGUAAAUAGGAACAGCGAUGGCGAUACCGAAGCGGAGGAGACCGGAGAAGAUGGUGAUGGCAAGCAAUCCAUCAAGGAGGCUGACGGAGAUGCUGAGGAGAAGUCGAAGCACACAGUGCUGAAUCCCAGCGUGCCCGCUUUCUCCCCAUCAUUUACACCGUCCCUUUAACAGCACUUUGAAGAUAAUUACGGUUUCUGAGACUGCAACUCGUUGUCGAAGGUAUAGAUGGUACGCGUGUAGGCAUGCAUGACUCGGCAACUUAGGUUAGAGAGAAGCAUAGGACGAUUCACCGCUCCGCGUGCUAAGGAUGAUUGCUGUGCCAGCUUGCGAGCUUAAUUUAGGUGCUAGUCAAAACGGGGCUGACGAAAAAAAGUAAAUUGGCGCUGCUGUG